AUAUAGGCAAGGAUGAAAGAGAAUGUAAAUGUGGAAGGAACUAGCGAUGAAGAUAAAAUUCGUACAGUACUUGAUAUGCUUAAGAAGCAAAUAAAUCUGUAUACCGUUACAAACGAGAACUUACAAUCGAAAGCGGAAUUAACGAGAAGUCAAAGAAUCCAAAAGCUAAUGAUGGAAGAGAGGCGUUUGUCGGCACAGUUUCAACAAAUCAGAAAAGAAAUAAAACGUUAUGAGAAGAAGUAUGAAAAGGCAUUGAAGAAAAAGGUCAAAUUAAUGGAGGUGCAAAUAAAAGAGGGUCAGAGUAAGUUAACUGUUAUGAGACAAAAAUACCAUGAAUUGGAUACACAAGUAAAUAUGGUUAGUCCUGAGAAAAUAACAGAUGCAAAUAAGGAAGAGCGAAAAAAGAAAAUUAAACCAAUAAAACGCAAAACAUUGAAUACUAAAUUCAAGCAGAAGAAUAUGACAAUCAGUAAAAAGAUUAGGAUAAGAAUUAAGGGAAACGCGAAUUUAGAUAAGCGUAAAAUGCUUUCCGUUAAUGACGACAAAAGGCAAUGCACACUGACCAAUUUAGUGAACAUUGUAAAACCUGUAACUGAGAAUACUCGAGAAUGUAAAGUUAUGUUGCAAAGACUGUCGCGUGAACAGAUGAAUCGGUAUGUUAUUCAAAAGCGGUUACAACAACAGCAAGUAAGAGCGAAGCGUAAAUCACGAAGUUCUUUAAAAAUUCAGAAAAAAAUGACAUCUAUUAGAAAACCAAGUUGGCAUAUAAAAAUUCCAAAAUCCGUGUUUGAAGAAAGUCAAGAAGGAAAUCAGAGUCCCGAGCUCAACGUAGCUCCUUCCUUAAAAGAUGUCGCACGAUUGAAUUGA